UGCACCAAGGAAAAAGAGACGGAUGUAACUCUCGAGCCGGACUACGGACGAGGAGCAGACGCGAUCUUCGAGAAUAGAAAAAGAACAGAGACCCAAGAGGAUGCUGGAGAGAUACGAAGCCAACGGCAGGUUGCUUCGUGGUAGAGAGCAGAGGGACAGGGUGCUAUGGUGGCCCCAUGGGUGAAAAGAAGUCGAUCAGGAGUUCGAGUGCCGACGAACGAGGACCAAUGGAAGAAUGGGCCGGAGUACACUUUCAACGCGAGUUUGGGCAUGGUCACCAGCAUGGAAGUGGACAAGGGUCAGCCCAUGGGAUCCAAUAUGUUCGUCACUUUGAAAUGCCGCCCUAAGGAACCCACCAGACUCCACUGUCGCUUCGAGAACGCCCGAAUCGCAAAGUUUGUACCGGAGAAGUUCGAAGCCGAGGCUUCCAUGCCACCCGCCAACGCGACCUUCUCCGAUUUCGGAUUCGGGAACGCCUCCUUCGAGAUUUUGUUCAACGAGGACGGGAUCGAGAAUUACAAAUUCGAGAACGAUGAUCGGCAGAUGGGUGACUAUCUGGUGAACAUGUAUCGGCUGAUCGCGAAUCAUCUGAGCGUCGGUGUGAAAUUCAGGAAGGAUGUCCCGUCGCCGUUGCGGAAACUGGAGAACUCGAGCGUAGGCGAGUGCAAUGUCACUUACAACGUUUCGCGAAGGAAACUGGACCAGCCGAUCUCCAUCGAAGAGUUUCAGCUCGUUUGGCUGCCGGAUCAAAGGAUCGACCCGGAACAGGAAACGGAGAUCACUAGGGAAACGCAUUUGAGCGACUGUUUGAUUCAUUCGGUUUACUUCUUUGGUACGAGACACACUUUUGGCAUCGUUCCUGUUGGGUCCAUGGAGAAACUGCAAUCAUCUACCGGACGCAUAAUCAUCUCAAGCUCGAACUUCACAUCAGAGAGCACCAACAAGGUUGACGUGUACAACACAAAGAGGAAAAUGAUCGGAAGUGUUUUGGACCACAUCCGUUUAACUUUGGUCUCCGUCACUCCUCUCACGUCGGAUUUCAAGGAAAUUACGAACCCAAUGAACAUUGGUCCUAUAUUGAACAAAUCGUCUAUUGAUUACUAAUUACUAAAGAUUGAUCUGUUAGCACCUUAUGUAUGUAGUAAAAUAAUCGCAUUUGAAAGACU